AUGUCAGUCAUCGACAGGUAUCAUCUGCUGUUUCCCGAACCUGAUAUAACAGAGAAGCAUCACAUCGUUUGUUACACGACAUAUGCUACAGACACAAACACGCAAGUGUCGGAGGAGUAUUCGACAACACCCGCAGCCUCGAUAUCCAACGUUUGUCCCGAGCCACCGAACAUUGUAAAUGGUGUUAUUGUUCCCAGAGGCAAUACCACGGUCCACCGAUACAGUGACCUGGCGGAUGUCCGGUGCCAGCCAUGGUACACAGCAAGCAUUCCGGGAAACAUGGUCGCCUGUCGAGGGGAUCUGACCUGGGAUAAAGUCACCUGUGAUCCGACUUGUAAGAUACCACCAUCCCCGAUACAUGGAAGCGUGCAAGUGACAGCCACUGACCAGGACUUGGUAGCAACAUUCACGUGUAUGUCCGGAUAUCUUCUCAGUGGGAACCCAAACAUUACGUGCUUGGCGACUGGCGUUUGGAAAGAACCUGCACCAUUAUGUUUUUCAGAAGAGGAAAGCUUUUGCCAAAGAGAUACAGAUUACAGGUCGUACGAAUGGCACCAGACAAAAGAAGGUUACGACCAAAUAAGAAUGUGUCCUGAUGGAUUUGAAGGAAAUGCUACCAGAAAAUGCAUGGGCGGAGGAAUCUGGCAAAUGCCUCAGUAUGCUUGCACUAGAGAAUCGAUUCGGUCUUUUUCUGAAAAGGUUGGAAACCUGACAUUGGACGCGUCUGUCGAGGAGUUAACGGAUGUAUUGGACGACUUUGUGAGUCUAACUGCCAACAAUGUGACGGUUGAUCCAUUGACAGACGGAGAAAUGAGUGUGUUGUCCACUGCAUUAUACAGUUUAUCUUUUGCUUUAAAUGGGACAGUGGUGAGAACUAACGCAACUCUUUCAAAGCAAUUCUUGAUGUCCGUUAGCAAUAUGUUGGAUUCAUCAAACGAACAUUCCUGGCGAAGUUUACAGGAAAAGAAGAGUUCCAGUGCUGAUAACGUUUUACUAGCUGUUGAGAACCUUGGGAAGCAUUUGAGUCAAAACGUAGAAGAAUUAGAAGAAGAACAUUUAACAGCAUAUGUAAUGGUAGAAAAUAUCGCCAUGGAAGUAAAAAGAAUAAGCGGCGGUGAUACUCUGUUUCCUGCAUUUAACUCGACUGGCUACAAGUGGAUUGAACAUUAUGACAACGUUAUUCAUUCUACAUCUCUGUCCAAAAAAGGAAAUAGCCAGAUAGUGUCCACUGUUAUAUAUAGAAAUUUAACGCACGUGUUACCAAGGCUCAGUGACCAUAUGUCGACAGGGACAUCAAAGGAACUCAACGGCCCUGUUGUUGCAUUUACAGUUUAUCCUAGCAUUAAUACAACCGACUUUAAAGUCAACAUCACGUUUAAACACUUCCAUGACAAUUACUCCGGACCUGCGUGUAAUUUCUGGAAAUUCAGCGAAUCUGAUAGAGAAGUUGGUUCUUGGUCCAGCAAAGGAUGUCACGUGGUUAGUAGUUCCCCCAGACAAACUAUUUGUGCAUGCAACCACACUACAAACUUUGCCGUCUUGAUGAGCCCUUUUGCUGAGGCUGAUGUACACUCGAUACCACUCAGGAUUAUUUCUAUCAUUGGAAUCUCAGUGUCGAUACUUUGUCUUGUUGUUACAGUUAUUACACACUUAGUUCUGUGGAGACGCUUAAGAAGCGACCGGACCAUACUGUUGAUGAAUCUCUGUAUUUCCAUGAUUCUCUCAUACACUGUGUUCCUAGCAGGCGUCGACCGGACUGAAAGUAAGGCUUUCUGCACGGUUGUUGCUGCUUUGCUACAAUAUUUUUAUCUAGUCGUAUUUUGCCUGAUGCUGGCUGAAGGAGUUGAGAUUGCUUACACUGUCCUGUUUGUAUUUGCUACCAGGUCAAGAGUGAGAUACUUUGUGGUCACCGCCUGGGCCUUGCCCCUCGUUAUUGUUGGGAUUUCUCUUGGAAUAACUCGAACACAUGGCUACGGAAAUUCGAGUUUCUGCUGGCUCUCUAUAAAAGGAGGUGUGGUAUGGGCCUUCGUGGGACCUGCACUGUUUAUUAUACUGGUUAACAUUGUGGCGCUGUUUAUAAUCAUCACAAAGAUGCUGAGAAUGAAGGCCAUGACAAGAAAACCUUUAAAUGCAAAAAUAAUGACCAGCGUUCGCUCCCUGUGUGUCUUGGUUCCCCUGCUAGGCAUCACAUGGAUUCUGGGAAUUUUCUAUAUCAACAAAGACACGUCCUUUAUGCAGUAUUUGUUUGUCAUCUGUAACAGCUUGCAGGGGUUCUCCAUAUUCCUGUUCCAUGUCGUCUUUAAUCAUCAGAUCAAGCAGGCGAUACAGACGUCAAAGGCAAGGCAUCCAAGAACUACCAAGACUUUAUCGAAUUAAAGAUGAUGCAAGUCUCGCGUUUGAUGUUCAUAUACAACACGAAUGCUGUCAUCUUUAGAAGACAAAAGGCGAUUGCAUCCGUUUGGAAAACUCCCUCAGAAUCCUGAGCCUAAAUUUACAGGAAGCUUCAUUCAUCUUAAUGAAUGUCAGAAUAAUAAAAAUCGCAUAUAACAAGUGUUUGGUGGUAUUAAAAUUGUUGUGUGUAUAAUUCAACAUGUUUAACAUGUAAAAUAAAAUGUGUGUCCAUUAACUCGCAGUUUGUCGUCUGUGUAACAUUGUAAACAACACUUUGCACCGGUUUCAGCGGUUUUCGAUUUUUUUCGGAAUUAAUUUUCAAUUAACCUAAAUGGCCAAGACAUGAAUACCCACACUUAAGACG